GGCCACAUGACAAAGCAGCCUUAUCUCAGCUAGAAGGCAGGGGGAACCACAUCAUUCUGCAGUGCAACCAGUUGAUUAAUGUAUGGUGAACCGAAGCUAGCUGAGACAGUGGCUUGGCCCCUGUGACACUCCCUUCCCCUUUAAGGGCUGAUCUGAUCUUGAACAGCAGGAAGCCGUUUAUAGGUGUUUGUACAAGUAUCUGGACUGUCAGUUCACUCAGUGUGGUGAGACUACAUUCAUACUCUUAACCUAUUUAGUCAACAGCUUCACAUGUAAGUGUUUUAUUAUUAAUCAACCGAUGUUAUCUCGGUCUUUGAUUUGAUUUGUGAAGUUCUGUCACCCGUGUCUGUGUUUUAUCAUGUUUACAAGAUGUCAUUUCCGCAUAGCCUUUUAGGCUUUUCACAUGUUGAGCGUGAUGAUUAAUGUGAUUCCGACUGCUGUAAAAUGAACAUUACAUAAUUUUAAUAACUCCAACAAAGCAAUCACAUUUCAAAAAUGUCUAAACCAUUAUUCUCGCUAACCAAAUUCACAGAUUCCACCAAAAAAGAGUCUCACAAAAAUGUCGUCUUCCUCUCCUGUUUUGGACUGUGGUUUGGACGAGUUCACUGCACACAUGGUGUUUUCCACCCUUCAAUUUCUCCUCUUCGUCCCCGCCAUGGCCCUCAACAGCGUGGCGGCCUGGGUGUGCCUCCACCUGCGCUCCUCCUCCACCUUCAUGGUCUACCUGAAGAACCUGGUGGUGGCUGACCUCCUCAUGACCCUCACCCUGCCUCUGUACGCCGCCGUGCAAAUUCCUGGUUGUCCCGUGGCAUUGAGGGCCUUCUCCUGCCGCGUGUCGAGCCCCGUGUUCUACUGCUGCAUGUACAUGAGCGUGAUCCUGCUGGGCCUCAUCAGCCUGGACCGCUUCUUCAAGGUGGUGCGUCCCGGAGGCUGGAGGCCCUGCCAGAGCCUGGUGCUCAGCAAGACCAUCUCCGCCUCCAUCUGGCUGUUCUUCAUCAGCUCCAACGUCCUGCCCACCAUCGUCCUGACCAAUCAGGUCCCUGUCAACGCGUCGAGGGACCUCUGUAUGAAGAUGAAGAGCCCCGCUGGGAAGACACUCCACCAUAACGUGGUGUGGGUCAACAACGCAAUCUUCUGGUGCGUGUCCGUCCUGAUAGGGGUCUGCUACGUGUGCAUAGCCAGGAAGGUUUUCCGGUCGUACAAGAACUCUGGGAGCAGCAACGAUGAAGGGAACCGGAGGGUUAAGGUCCGGGUGUUUGUGGUUGUCAUGGUUUUCCUGCUGUGUUUCGUUCCCUACCACGUCCUGCGGAUCCCCUACAUGAGGCUCCGGGCUGACAAGCCCAGCUGCCUCAAGACCAAACUAUUCUUUGCCAAGAACUUCUCUGUGUUGCUGGCAAUGACCAACGUCUGCCUGGACCCAUUCAUAUACUUCUUCCUGUGCAAGGCUUUCAGAGACAAGCUCAGAGAGAUGAUUCGUAUUGGGGAUUGGGCCAAUUCCCAGUCCUCUACAAACAAUGACGAAGCCAUACUUUGAUAAGCCGAAGGGCUGGGGUAUAGCUCAGUGGUUACAGCACUUGCUGAGAGAUCCAAUAGGUUUCAGGAUUAAAUCCCUCCCUUUACUGUUUGUUGUUUAGGAUUACAUUUUCUGCUAAAUUGAUGUGUUUCAUGUUUAAAUGGUUCAAAUCUCCCCGGCAAAGUCUGCAAAAUGUAUCAAAUAUUUGUAUUAU